AUGGAGGAGGCGCUGCUGUCCACCCCCAUCAACCCCAACAACUUCCCCGCCAAGCUGUGGCGGCUGGUGAACAGCCCUCGGUACCGCUCCAUCCGCUGGGACGGCCGCGGCGAGGGCCUGCUCAUCGACCAGCCGCUCUUCGAGGCAGAGCUGCUUAGCCCGCCCGGCCCGGGGGCCGGGGGCGCGGGGGGAGCCGGGAGCAGCAGCGGGGGCGGUAGCAGCGGCGUCGGGGCGGCCGGGGCCGAGCCCGAGCUCUUCAAAACCACCAACUUCACCAGCUUCAUCCGCCAGCUCAACCUCUACGGCUUCCGCAAGGUGGUGCUGGGUGGGCCGGGGGCGGCGGGGCCCGGGCCAGGGCCUGGGGCUGGCGGGCCGGCGGGCGACGGGCCACUCCACCACUUUCACAGCCCGCACUUCCGUCGCGACCAGCCUCAGCUGCUCGUUCACCUCAAGAGGCUCACCAGCGCCAACAAGGCCAAGCUGGCUGCCGGACUGGAGGUGCCCUGUCGCCCGCCCAACCGCUUCCAGCGGCUCCUCAUCACCUCAGCCUCUGCCUCUGCCUCCGCUUCCACCUCCCCGCUGCAGCAUCAGGACCCGCCGCCCCAGCCCGCAGGGCCCCGGCCAGAACAGCAUGGACCAGUGGCUGUAGGACAAUUUCACCGGUCAUUCCGGCGAGAUAAUUUGUCUCCUUAUUCCUACGUAUCAACUUCAUCCCACAACCACAGCACGUUCCCUCUGAAAGGUUUAGAUCGAACCCCGAUUCCUCCUAGAACAUGGCAGAACUCCCUUGGAAUGCACCCUGGACAAGUGGAGACAUCUCCCACUUUUUCAGAUAAAGGGGUUCCAUUUCCUGUACUGCAGAGAUUUCCAACCGAGGUUACUUACACGCUGCAGCCCAGCGCCACAUCUGUACAUGUUCAACAAGGUCCUCAAACAAUGGUCAGCUCCUCCCAAAAAUACAGUAACUACACACCCUCGGCGCAGUACUCCCAAGCCUACUACCCGACAGCUGUGCUACAGUGCUGCUCUCCUUCCACCCACAUGGAUGCCCUAAGUAGUUGUGUCACUCCUACUGCCUCUUCCUAUGCACACUGUAACUACUUCCAGAAUCCUCCAAUGCAAUCUUCCUAUCCAGUUGAAUUUCUGCCUUCUAAUUGGCCUUGCAGUGCUACUGAUGAGAAUAAAAAGACAGAAGUAAAUCUAGAGGCUGUCUUUCAAAUCGUAGAUGAGUUGCAUUCCUCCCCUAAAUUGGAGAUGGUAAAGGUGGAGCCUGUUGAGAGUCAGUGUCCAUCAUCUCAGUCUAACAGAGGCCAGCAUAUCUUACCUAACUCAAACAACAGCAAUCCAUCUUCCACAAACCAGGCUAGCCAGCUGGAGCCACUUACUCCUGUAGGCUCAGAUAUUACAUCUUUUGUGGUUGGAACAGAACAAGCAAUUACCUGCUCUCUACCACAGUCACCUGAGUACAUCUAUACCAUCCACACAGCUCAACCUUUGGAAAAUAGCACAAUGCAGGAAUCUGCAACCAUCCAGCAAAGUCAUGUCAAACUGAAGGAGCAGCUAAAUCAUAAUCCAUCUCCGUCUUCAGUAGUAUUUGUGCAGGAAGGGCUACCAUUCAGCACACAACAGGUGGAUAGCAGUAUAAAAUGCCAGGCCAAUCCACAGGAGAAUAUUUUGCCUUCAGAACAAAUGGGAUUCCUUAUUUCAGAAAUGGGGCCUGCUAGCAAGGCUAGUAAAGACACAGGCUUAUCCACUCCAACCAGAUACAGAGAGCGGAGAAGCAACUCACGAGGAAAGUCCCCUGAUCUCCAUCUGCUGGUGGACGUGGCCUGCAAGCAGGAGCACUUUCCAAAAGAGGAAGAGUUGAAAGAGUGA